GUGGCCACGUAACAUCUUUCUCUCACGAGAAUAACGGAAACAAGACCAGCACCACCACCACGAAGAAGAUUAUCAGUCGUCCGCCCUGUCGUAACCACUUACGCGAUGCAAAUUUCCGGCAUAUUGGCUGAUGCGCCGCCGGUGGUUCUUCCGUCAACGGCAACCACAGCUGCCGGCGGUUGCAAGCUCCCCUACGAAUUCAAUCAUUUCCGCUCAUUCUCAGACUCCACCAAGUCUCUCUUCUCCCCUGCUUUCCCCACUGGAUAUCUAUCAUUUUCUGUUCGAAAGCUAAAAAAUGGACAAGAUAGGUCUCAAACCCGAAGAUUAAAAGUAAGAGCAUCAGGAAAUUCGGGUGGUGAUUCAGUCCCAUUUGCUCCUCUUCAGUUGGAGUCUCCCAUUGGUCAGUUUUUGGAACAAACAUUGCAAACCAAUCCUCAUCUGCUCCUGGCGGCUAUUGAUCAGCAGCUUGAGAAUCUUCAGAAUGAAAAGGAUGAACAGAAAAAAGAAAAACUACCUCCAUCUCAAGAUUUGCUCUAUAAGAGAAUAGCUGAAGUGAGAGAGAAAGAAAGGCGAAAAGCACUAGUGGAGAUUUUAUACUCAAUAGUUGUACAUAAGUUCAUAGACAAAGAUAUAUCAAUGAUUCCAAAGAUAUCAGCAACCUCAGAUCCCACUGGAAGAGUGGAUUUUUGGCCUAAUCAAGAGCAGAAGCUUGAAUCUGUGCACUCUCCUGAGGCUUUUGAAAUGAUAGUUAGCCACCUUUCUCUGGUUCUAGGUGAACGUGAUGUAGGGCCUUUUGACAACAUUGUUCAAAUCAGUAAAAUCAAACUCGGGAAACUUUAUGCUGCCUCUAUAAUGUAUGGAUACUUCCUCAAAAGGGUUGAUCAGCGUUAUCAACUUGAAAGAUCUAUGAAUACCCUUCCUGAAGGUUUCUUGGGCAAACCACGACCUGAACAGCCUGCUGGAAAUCAACUCUGGGAUCCAGAUUCAUUAAUAGUGAUUGAACCUGAGGAUGUCGAUACAGAAGGUUUAAUGGGCUCAGUCACUGAUGGUAGUAAAUCAUAUAGGUUGAGAUCCUAUGUAAUGUAUUUGGAUGCAGAGACCCUUCAGAGAUAUGCUACCUUAAGAUCUAAAGAAGCACUUUCUGUGAUAGAAAAGCAGACACAAGCAUUAUUUGGAAGGCCUGACAUCAAGGUUUCAGAAGAUGGUACCCUCGAUGUGUCUAAUGACGAAGUGGUUUCCCUAUCAUAUUCUGGGUUGACCAUGCUGGUUCUGGAGGCAGUAGCUUUAGGAUCAUUUUUAUGGGAAGCAGAAAGCUAUGUUGAAUCAAAAUACCAUUUCUUGAAUAGUUAAAAUUUGUUUUCUUUUGUCUACCAUUCCUUUUUCCUGCAGGAUACUAUUUCUUAAAUAGUCUUUCUCCACUCUGUAAAUUGCAUACUCAUAAAAAACUUAUGAGGUGAGCAUUUUCUAGUUUAUGAACACUGAGCUCAUGUAAAAUAUCUGGAUUUUAUACAGAGCUUCAGGAUACGCUUAUUACUCAUAUCAAGAAUCUUGAAUUUUUAACUAA